CGGUGCUUCCCUAGAAUAAAGCAAAUACCCAUCAUGCAAUCUGCUUUCACUGAAUGACUUUUAAUUACCGCUUAUUGACUUUGGUCACAGAAGCAUUGAAAAUGUAAUACAGCCACUUAGUCAGUUGCACCACCCUUCCAAACACAGACAGCUCAAUCAACAAAAAAGCUGUAUCUUAGGAGGUUUUAUGUUUCACUAACUGCAGAUUAAACGUCAAUCGCAGCAGUGGACUGAGCUGGAAAUUACGUCCAGAAAGUUAAACACAUAAAGUGUGAUGGAGGGUCAUCGACCGACUCAGAGAAUAAUUAAAUACAGAAUCAAUGUUUUUAAAAUACUGCUGCACUGUGAGUGUUGGAUUCAAUACCUGCACAGACAUUCUCUAAGAGUGAUGCUUGAGGAACAUUUGACGCCAUCCCCGAUUGACCUGUUUUGCAAUAGGUAUCUUAGGAAACGGGGGUGCUUGCAACCUGUUUUCUCAUUAUUGUGUGUUUAAAAGAAAACUCCAUUACUAGGUAUUGAAUCUUUAUAUCUCACAAAUGUUACUUUUGUUUCACAGCUGCAAGUUUAUUUCUUUAAAAUUAUACCUUAUCCCACAAAUGUGACUUCAUAUCUCACAAUUUUUUUGUAGUUGCAAUUUCAGAUCUUAAUACAGUGUUAUAUGUUUAUAUUGCAGUACAGUUUAAGUAUAAAUAUUGUAAAUCACUAUCAGAAAUGAAAAGAGAUGCUCUUAGAACAUUACCCUGUGUCAACGUCUGCUCUAAAUUCAGACUGAAAGCGCAAUCUUUAACUUGAAGAGUUUUUGAUCUGGGCCUCUCAUCAUUCAUUUCUUGUACGUGACAUUCCUGUGAACUCUGCACCUAAUGCGUGUACCUAAUGGUCACCGACUUCCUUUGUAGCGACAAAGCUGUCACAUCAGAAAUGCAUUUUUCCACAUAUAGAAACCUCAUAGCAAACCACAAUGUUUUCACUUCUUAUAAAUGCAUGUAAGCUGGUGCAUGAAUGGCUUUGAAAAAACUGCAUCCGGUGUCGCCUGAGCAGAUAUCAGACGUCAGAAAGUAAAAGGUACACCGCAAGACAGCAACAAACAAAUCCAGACACAACUAGUUUAAUGACAUUUCAAGUCUGAGUGAGUCAUUGUUUUCAGAAAACCUUCCAGGUCAUAGGCAAAACAGAAAGUAUGAGAAAGUAAUAGUGCUUAAGAGGUGGCACUAUAUUUUACAGUACGUGUACUUUGCUGGUACCUCCAGGCAAAUGAGUGGUAAAAUAAGGCGCUUGCCUGAUGGUAAAACAUAAGAAACACAGCUGAACUCCACAGCCGAACAUGCAUGGCUAUUAGUUUAUAUAUACAGAGUGUGUUUAAGAACAGUCACUUACAGUUAGUGACCGUAACUAAUUAGAUACUUUACUCUACUUACUAAUGUAUAUACAUGGUUAAUAUGUAGCACUUGUGGGCAAGUGAAUACAAACAGGCAUGUCUUUACAGUAUCUGUAUAUGCUAACUAAUAAGACACAUUACUGUAAUGAUAUGUACAAGUUAAUUGUCUUAGCACCAAAAAAAAAGUGGCAUAUGUAGUAAUAAAAAAGACACAUACUGUACUUUGCCAUGUACCAGGGAAGUACACGCACUGUAACAUAAAGUGCUAACGGUUUAAUUACCAGAUAAUCACCAUAUAAUCACAAUAUGCUUAAUCACCAGCAAUUAGCAAUUUAACCACCUUUCUUGCAUUAGCAAAAUGUGCUAUUCCUGUUUUAACACAUGUAUUGCGGUGGCAGCAUUUCCUUUCCGUAGAGUUAUGCUUCUCCUGAAGGUGGCUCAAGAAAAAAGAAACAAUUUUUAAACAGAAAAACCAAAAAAAGAUAGAGAGGGCCAAAUUUAGCUUUAACUGCCAUUUUGUGCAAUAAAAAAUAGGACAUAAAAGCAUAAAUGUUUCUUUUACAAAAAUUCAGGAGAAACACAAAACCAUCUUUAAAUGACUCAGGCGUUAUUUUGGCGAAGAAAGAGCAACGAGUGCGAAUUACGUAGAUAAAUAUUAGCCUCGUAGAUAUUUUAUGCGGAGACAUGUAUGUGUCAACUUGCAGUGACAGGAGGGCGCAAGACUGCGGGGCGGAGUUGGCAGAAAGCUCUCAAGGAAGAACUUGCGAGGCAGUUUAGUGAGACUGAGGGCAACCGUGAGCUACACACCACUCAAAAACACAGGACUGAACUUUUGUACUUCUCUAAAACCGCGUGCGCGAGAUUUUGGAAACGCGUAACCGCGUAUCAUCGUGGGAUCUUUGACAUCGAUGGAGCAAGUCACGAACCUUGUACAGUGCGUCUGGAGCGCAUGACUUAAACAUCAACCUGCAUGUAAAACAAAAACUCUGAAGAUGAACGAAACGUUACACAGUCCUCGUGGCCAGGACCCUACCAUCCCGGCCAUUAUGUUCAUAUUUGGUGUGGUCGGCAACGUGAUUGCUAUUGUAGUGCUUCGAAAGUCGCGAAAAGAGCAAAAAGAGACCACUUUUUACACCCUGGUGUGUGGACUUGCCGUGACUGACCUCUUGGGAACUCUCCUCGCGAGCCCAGUCACCAUUGCCACCUAUGUGAAGGGAGAGUGGCCCGGCGGGGACGCACUGUGUCAGUAUUCCGGAUUCAUUUUACUCUUAUUCUCCUUGGCAGGUCUCAGUAUUAUCUGUGCCAUGUCCGUCGAGAGGUACCUCGCCAUCAAUCACGCGUACUUCUACAACCACUACGUGGACCAGCGGGUGGCAGGCUUGACGCUCGCGGUGAUCUAUGUGUCCAACGCGCUCUUCUGCGCUCUUCCCAGCAUGGGACUGGGAUCCGUGGUGCGACAGCAUCCAGGAACCUGGUGUUUCAUUAACUGGCACAGCAACGACAGCUCGAACGCCACUUUCUCCUACAUGUACGCUGGCUUCAGCUCCGUCCUCAUCCUCGCCACGGUCCUCUGUAACGUGCUGGUGUGCACGGCUCUCAUCAUGAUGCACAAGCGCUUCGUGCGCAGGACCUCGCUGGGGACGGACCAGGCUCGAGUCGCGGAGAUCAGGCGCAGGCGGAGUUUCGCGCGUCUGGCCGGAGCGGAGAUCCAGAUGGUCAUCCUUCUCAUAGCCACGUCCAUUGUCGUCCUCAUCUGUUCAAUUCCUUUAGUGGUGCAGGUGUUUGUAAACCAGCUGUAUAAUUUUCAGAGAGGCGCAACAGAAAAUCUGAAGACAGACCUUAAUGCCAUCCGAAUCGCCUCUGUCAACCCCAUUCUGGAUCCCUGGAUCUACAUCCUGGUGAGAAAGACAGUUGUGCAGAAGAUUCUAGAAAAGAUCAAGUGCCUCUUCUGCCGUAUCGGUGGGAGGAGACACGGGAGGAGCACUAUGGACUUCCACUGCGGUAACAGCAUCCACAACUCAUCGGUCAUGUCUCGUGAUUUGCCGUCGCUAGCACUGCCCGAGCUGCCAGAGGCGAUCAGCGCAUCGCAGAUGUACCUGUAUCCCAUGGAGGUGGGACAGGAAAUGGGCUGCUGCGGCGGCUCUGUGCAGAGCAGGACGUGUUCGACUUCAACCGAGGAAACCGUCCUGAGGGACUCUCAGGUGGUAGAACUCGGCAGUGGAGAAAACAGGACGGAAACGCACUUUGUGAAAUCACAUCCGUGCACGCACUCCAACACGAAUGAAGCUCAGUGUUCCAAGCACCAGCCGCUGCAGGUCACCUUUACAGAUGAGACUUUGAGCUUACAAGAGAGAAUUAUAUGACGCAUGCUGAAAAACUUGCUUAGUUCAGCAGAACGAUGCGUCUGGAGAAGAAAUACAUUUCAAGAACUCGAUGUGAGUGUCGUGAAUGGAAUCAGAACAACAACAAAGGAGACUAAGGACUAAAAAGAAAAGAUUAAUAGAAAGACUGAGCAAAGGACUAAACUUGGUGCAAGAAAAAACAACGUGGUUAUAAAUGUGGCUCAAAACAUGCAAAAAAUAAAAACUGCAUGAUGGGGCUUUGGAAAGAGUGAAAGGGGCAGAGAAAGAUGGAGAGGCAAACUGGCCUCGUUUUCUGAUAAUAACUCAGAAUGCAUUUUAAAAAUAGAUGGGUUUUGUUGAGCAACAGGUUAUGCUGACUGUGUCUUUAAUUUAUUGUAAAUUCUUCUGAAUUUCUGAUGAAAAGUCCUUCUUUAUCAGAUGAAUACAGUUCCAUUUGUUCCUGAAUGACUGAUUUGAUUGACUUGGUCAAAUCUCGAUUAGACGGACGACCAUUUGAGCGAAUAUUUACCACCCUGCUUCAAGUUCCCUUUUUGCAGAUUCCGCUGAGAUUUCUAGUGGGUCACAAGUUCAAGUAACCGGAGUACCCUGUUAGCUUUCUUUUGUGAGGGAACUCGUGGGUUAAAAUAUGUCCCUUAUGUUAAAGUGACCAAACUUUAACUUUUCAUUUGCAUUGGCGCAAAAACAACAGUCCACUAUUUCAAACUUACAUAAGAUGUAGCUUAAUGUACAUUCUUUGGAAAUUCCAUAAUGUGUACGAUAUUCUGUGAAUUAACCAAACAUUUCAUAUCCAUGUUUACUGAGAGCAACGCCAUCACAAAAUACAGAGGUACCCGAAAACUCGUCAUGCAAUGUAAGAGCACAUGAUAUACAGCACAUUACUAAUAAUUGUUGUUUCUUUUAAUGUAUGUGUAGAUGAUAGAAUGUAUAGUGAGGAGAUGAAUUUGUAAAAGCUAUUAAGAUGUUGAAUGUCUUUUAAGGUUGUACGUUUUGCACUUUUGAAUCCUUUUAACCACUGAAAAAUAUCUGAACUGUCACUAUCAGUCAGUGGUCAAUGAUGAGGAACCGUUGAGUUCACCUGUACAUACUCGUGAUGUUAAAAUGUGAAUGCUGUCUUGCUUUAAUUUAUUGUAGUCUUUUUAGACAAUCUGUGGACUAGUUAUUAUUUCUUCUCUGUGAGAAGGUCAAGUUUGAGAUGGCUCUACUCGUUGAAGCAGUUAUAUGGUUUUUGUUUCAUUUCACAUUCCUUAUGAGAAUCAAAACAGUGUAAGGCAUGAUUUAAGCUACUUGGCAUCAUAAUCUGCUGCGUGUAUAUAAAUGAUUCAACAUUACGGUGUAUAUUUUUACCAUUUUAUUUUCACAUUUUCAAACAGACAGAUGUCGUCUAGGUCUUACUCUUGAUGUGACCCUCCAGAAUGUGCAAUUGCCAGCUAUUUUAUGCUGAAAUAAACUCUGAAGACAAAAUAGAAAAAAA